AUGUUUCCAUGUUUUGUGCUUUUUCUACUAUUAGCGCAUAAUAAUAAUGUGCAAGGUAAGCGGGAAAUUUUUGAACUUGAAAUAUUGAUUUUCUGGUAGAUUUCGAACUGCUGAUUAUGUUAUGACGUGGCAAAGUUGAAGCGUUGGAAAGAUACAAUUUUUUGAAUUUUGGAACAUUGCCACGUCAUAACUUAUUUUCAGAGUUGAAGAAUUUUUGACUAAAUUUUGGAACAUAGAAUUAGCUCAACUCAUAAGAUUGCCACGUCAUAACUAUGCUCAGAAUUAAGCUAAGUCCCAGAAUUUAGUACAAAAUCCUAACUUAGCUCAACUCUGAGCAUGAGUUAUGACGUGGCAAAAUUCCAAAACGUACACAAACUUUGCCACGUCAUAACUCUGCUCAGAACAGAGAUUUUUAAAUUUUGACAACUGGAUUGAGAUCAGCGGGUCAACAAAUUCUACCAGAAAUCAUGAAUUUCGAAAAAAAAACCAAUUUCAGCCCAUCCCAAAACCCUAAUCCUAAGCGGUUCUCCAUCGUCAAAAAUCGCCCAUCUCGUCAAAUUCCUCGACAAAAUUCCACAACAUCUUAUUACAUCAGGUUUGUUGUUUUUCCUCGUUACUUUUUUUUGUUACUAGUGUAAUUUUUGCUACUUUUUUUCAUGAGAUAAAGAAAAAACCAACAAAAAAUGAUUUGUCAACACAAAAUUAUUUGUUAGUAUCUUCUUCUUUAUUAUGAGUGUGCUGUGAUACACACACACAUGUUUCUCAUAUCUUUUUCCUAUUUACCAAUGUCAAAGUUCAAUUUUUUCUCUCUUCAGAAGAUACAUGGAUUCUCAGUUCGAAAAAUGCAGAAAUCUUCAAUGAAAAUGGAUUUGGAACAAUCAACAACUUGAAAUUUGCUGAUCAAAACUAUUCAACAAUUGUUUUGACAAAUCAACAAGAUUUAGAGCAAGUUAUCCAAACUCAGCGAACUCUAGAAGUUCUAGAUUUUGGUAUGAAAAACAAAAACAUCUUCUGGAAUUCAGAAACCAAAAAAUUCUUGAAUUUCAGAUAAAUCUUCAAAUCUUCCCUGUGAAGUUGAAUUCCAUCAAGACUACAACCUUUUUACUUGCCAAAAAUUCGUCGCGGAUGAAAAUUUGGAACUCAAAAAUUCAUUUUUCUUCGCAAGUGCCGCUAAAAACGAGAAGAAGAUCAAAAAAGUUGUCAAGGUACGUACGAAAAUUCAAGAAUUACUGUAUUUUUGGGGCCAAAACAGCGGCAGUUUUUGAAUCGGACCAUAGGAAUCGGACCCGACUUUGAGGGGUUUCUGAAUCGGACCAGGGUGACAUUUUUUCAAUAGGAAUCGAACCAGGUCCGAUUUUUUGAGAAAAAUUCUGAAUCGGACCACUUUUUCAAAAUUUCCUGAUUUUUGCACCAAAAAAUUGACUUUUUUGAAAAAGUGGUCCGAUUUUUCGGGUCCGAUUCAGAAUUUUUCUCAAAAAAUCGGACCUGGUCCGAUUCCUAUAUAAAAAAGGUCACCCUGGUCCGAUUCAGAAAGCCCUCAAAAUCGGGUCCGAAUCAAAAUUUGCCAAAACAGCGAAUAAUUUUUUCUCAAUUUUCAGCGCGAUUCAAAUGAAGAUGACGACGAUGAAGAUGAUUUGGAGGAAGAAAUUCAAGAGAUCGUCGAGAAAAAAAUGAAAGAAGUUGAAAAACGGAAAAAACAUCAAGAAGAGGACAAUGAAUUUGACAAUGCACACGAUCCAAAAAGAGAUCAUCGACUUGGCUGCAAAUAUCGCAAAUCCUGCUACGAGACUGGAAAACUUGGGCUCAUUGAGCCUUACGAUUUCUCUCUAGAUCAUAUUUUCCAUUUCUGGCGAGCCCCCGCUUCACAACAACAUCAUAAAUUAUCAAAAGAAGAAGAUGCUGAUCAAGAUGGAAUUCCAGAUUCUGAAGACGAUGAUAUCAGUCUAGUCGAGAGAAAAUUCGUGUGCAAAUAUCGUACCUCUUGUUAUAAAGAGCACAAUAUUCCACUAACUGAUAAGCAGCAAGAAAGAGAGCGAAGCUUUAUUUCUGCAAAAGUUCAAGUUCCUCAUGGAAAGAAGAGAACAUUGAAGGAUAUUGCGAAUAAGGCGAUUCAUCAAGUUGAAGAAAGAGAGGAAGAAGUUCGAAAUCGUCCGGUCACAAAUUCCGAGAUCGUUGAGAAGAAACUUCAGGAGAUUGAGGAUAAACUUCAGGCGAAACUCGAUUGUAAAUAUCGCAAAUCAUGUUAUGAGACUGGAGAACUUCCGGAGAUUGAUGAAACUAUUCCAUUUUUCUUUUCAACAUCAGCAUCUGAAGAUCAAGAUGAUAAUGAUGAAAACAAAAAACCAUUCGAAGAAAUGGACGAUCUUGAAAAGAAGUUCUACUGCAAAUAUCGUAAAUCAUGCUAUGAAACCGGACAACUUCCAGAAAUCGAUCCUGAAAUUGAAAUCGAUAGCAUCGGUGAUAUUCUCCACGUGGCAGAUCAAGUAGAAACCCGGAAAUUGACUCUUCAAGAACGCUGCAAAUAUCGCAAAUCAUGCUACGAGACCGGAAUUCUGCCCGAUUUGAGUCAAGACGAGGAGCAAAUUGAAAAAGUCGCACACAAAGAAGUCAGCUCAGUAGUUCCAUCAACUCUCAGCGACUUGAAAACAUUGUGCAAAUAUCGAAAAUCGUGUUAUCAAGAGAUCGCUGUUGCAGAUUCAUCAAAUGACGCCGUCGAAUCAAUCAGAAAACGACGAAUCAUUGAGAAAGAAGUGAGAAAACGACGAACUCGUCGACAUCGAAGUUUGAAUAAGAGAAAAGCAAUGAUGGCGAGAUAUGGAAUGAGAGCGGUUUAUGAGCCGGUUGAAAAAACCAAAGAGGAAUUGAAGAAGAUUGAGACACAGCGAGAGAUCAGGAAACAGGCUCCACCGCCGAAAGUUAUCAAGAGAGAGAUCAAGAAGAAAGAAGUUGUGAAAAAGAACAAAUCUCGAGUUGUUGAAACUGCUGAAGAUGUUGCCGAUGCUGUUGUUGCUCAAAAAAUCGCCGAAGCUCUUGCUGAACAAGAUCAGGAUGAUGAUGAGGUGAAAAAGGUAGAAACCAAGAAAGUUGAAGCCAAAAAACCAUCAAAGAAGGCUCCAGUGAAAGAAGAUUCUGAAGAAUCUGAGGAAGAAAUGAAACCAGCCAAAAAAUCAGCGGGAAAAAAAGGACCAAAGGUUGUGCCAGUUCCAGUUCCGGUACCAGUUCAAACCAAAUCAAAAUCCAAGAAGGAAGAAUCGGAAGAAGAGCCAGCAAAGAAGAUCGAGGUGAAAAAACCAGAAGCUGCCAAGAAGUCUCCAGUGAAAAAGAUCGAGGAUUCAGAAGAGGAGGAUGAGAAGCCAGAGGUCAAGAAAUCAACUUCAAAGACUCCAGUGAAAAAGAUCGAGGAUUCAGAAGAGGACGAUGAACCAGUUAAGAUAGUGCCGGUCCCAGUUCCAAUGGGAAAAUCAAAGAAAGCUCAAACUCCAGCAAAGAAGAUCGAGGAUUCUGAAGAGGAGGAUGAGAAGCCAGUGGUCAAGAAAUCAACUUCGAAGACUCCAGUAAAGAAGAUCGAGGAUUCCGAAGAGGGCGAUGAACCAGUUAAGAAAGUUCCAAAAUCAAAGAAACCCGAACCUGUGGCUAAAAAAGUUCAUGUCAAGGAAACCAAGGCUCAAAUCAAGGAACUAGAAGACGAUGACAAUGAAUUUGACAACGUACACGAUCCAAAAAGAGAUCACCGGCUCGGUUGCAAAUAUCGCAAAUCCUGCUACGAGUCGGGAAAACUCGGGCUCAUCGAGCCCUAUGAUUUCUCCUUGAAUCACAUUUUGCACUUCUGGACCGCUCCAGCCUCACAACAACAUCACAAUUAUGGCCGUGAUUCGGACGGUGAUGGCAUUCCAGAUAGUCAAGAUACAGACACACACAUUUCUCAUAGAAAAUUGGCCUGUAAAUACAAACCGUCUUGCUAUCGGAAAUUCGAUAUUCCAGUUAGUGAGGAGAUUGUGGAGAGAGAGGAGAAGAAGAGGAAUUUGAAGUCGGUGGAAUCUAAAUCGAAGAAACAUGUCAAGAAAAUCGAAGAUAGUGAAGAAGAUGAUGAGAUUGUCAAAAAAUCAGAUAAAAAACUCGAGUGCAAGUAUCGUAAAUCAUGUUACGAUUCAGGAGUUUUGCCGGAGAUUCAGGAAUGGAACCCUAAACCAGUGACACCUUCAAAAAUCAGCGCUUCAAAACAUCAGGACGAAGAUGAUGACGAUGAAGAGAUCUCAAAAUCCGACAAAAAGCUCGAAUGCAAAUAUCGCAAAUCCUGCUAUGACAGCGGAAUCCUUCCAACAAUCCAACAAUGGAGUGAAGAACCGCACAUUGUCGAAUCCCUUCCAUCAUCAGUCAAAGAUCACAAGUUGGCAAAGUGCAAAUAUCGCAAAUCAUGUUACGAAGAGAUGGGAAUUCAUGAGAAAGACGAGGAAGAGGCGAAGAUUGUUGAAAAAGAGGAGGAGAGAAAACCUCAGUUGAAAAAACAAUCAGUUGGGAAAGAGUUGAAGAAUGAGAAUAAGCAACAUCAACAUAAGAAGGAGAAGAAGGCUGAGAGUAGCGAAGAAGAUGGAGAUAAUGAUGGAGAUGGGGAUAGUAAUGAAAAGGAUGAGGAUGAUAGUGACGAUGAUGUUAAAGUUGUGAAGGUUGGUGCGGGAAAAUUGGAAGUUCCAAUUUGGAACUGGGAAAAAUCAGCACAAAAUGAGCGAAAAAUUCGAAUUCAGGGGCCGAAAGGUGGUAUGAAAAUUUGCCGUACCAAAAAAUUGUUUGAAUUCGGUCCCAGAAUAUUUUCAAGCCUAAUUUAGUGAGGUUUAGGCAAAAAUUGACUGAAAAAUUCGAAUUCAGGGGUCGAAUUCAUAAAAAUAGUAGAAAAAUUUAGCGUACCAAAAUUUUUUUCAUAAAUUCGGCUUCGGAAUAUUUUCAAGCUUAAAUUAGGCUUAGCAAAAAAAAAAGACGGAAACCCGAGAAAAAAACCUUAUAAUUCCAGAUAGCAACGUUUCUAGAGCAGAAAACUUCGAAUUUUAUUUUUGAAACUAUUCAAAAUCUCGGAAUAGUGAGGUUUAUGCAAAAAUUGACCGGAAAAUUCGAAUUCAGGGGCCGAAAAGUGGUAUCAAAAUUUGGCGUACCAAAAUUUUUUUACAAAAAAAUUCGGCCCCAGAAAAUUUUGAAGCUCAAAAAAAGACGAAAAUCCAAAAAACCUAAAAAUUCCAGUAGGGAGUUCAAAUAGAUCAGAAUUUUGUGCUGAAAAUCAUGAAAUUCUUCGUUUUCAGCGAUUUUCAGCGGAAACUUUAGACCUUGGUUCCAAAAGAGCUUGAUGAAUUUUUGAAAAAAAAAUUCGAAAAAAAAACUUCUAGAUCAGAAUUUUGUGCUCAAACUCAAAAAACCAGGAAACUUUUCGUAAAAUUUCGAUUUAUAUCAAAAUUUCAAGAUCUUCCAGAAAAAAUUUUCCAACCCCGAAUUCGGGGAUUUUCCAUGAUUUCAAACCCUAAACUUCGCAAAAUUCAAAUUCUUGCAGAAAGUUCUCAAAGAAGUUGAGCGCCAAAACGACGUAAAUGAUAUGGAAACCGAGAUUGCUCGUGAAAUUCAUUUGAGCAAUCACGAGAAGUACAUUUGCAAAUAUCGUAAAUCGUGCUAUUCAACAAUUGAGCCAAAAGCAGCCAAACAAGAUCAUUCAGGAAAUAUGGCAAGGAGAGGUUAGCUCUUUUUCUCCGAUUUUUCAUGGUCCAACAAGAAUAAAUCUCAAAUUUUUGCAGCCGGUAGCGGAGAAAAAUGUCAUAUUUAUUAUCUGUCAUGUCGCGAACAAAUGGGCCUUCCACCAAAAGAAAAAGCGCCAACCGGACCAAAUGGCAAGAAAUUGUGCCGAAAGGUCAAAAAGUGA